AAACAUAUAAUAUAUAAAAUAAUAUAUAUAUAUAUAUAUAUAUAAUGUUCAUCCCGCGCAAGACGCGGGUCUUAACCUAGUGUUCUUAUAAGUUGGUGUAUAAAUAAAAGUGAAAACUCUAGUUUUGCUGUAAGAAAAAUACACUAGUUUCAUAGAUGUAUCAAUCAAAGAUUUUUUUUCUGAAUACCAGAUUCUUGACCCAAUCCCAUAAUUUUUUAAAAUCUAAAACCACGACAUGUGAUAUUAGUAUUUUUCCCGGGUAUUUUUCAAGUGAUCACUUGAACCGCAAACCUCUGAUGUAAUAUUUUUUUUUCAGCUGAACUAACGAACAGUGGUCAAUCAAAGAUGUUUAAUUAAAUUAUGGCUAGGAUUGGCAUUUAAUCAGAUAGUAGUGGUCUAGACGCCCGACGUUCGAGUGGUGAAAGAUUUUCGUAUAGAGCUAGUCAAUCUCAUCAGGUAGGUACGAAACUCCAUCCAUUGUUGGCUUUGUUUUAGACACGUCUUUUGACAAGAAUACAUACGAUUUGCUCUAGUUUUUUUUUUGUCAAUUCGAUUUGCUCUAGUUAAAGAACAAGAACUUGGCAAUUUUGUCUCCAUACUUGUUACCGCUCAAGUCAAGUUCGUUGGGCCCUUGGGGCCUUUUCGUUAACAAGAUUCAUGUUUCCAAUCUGAGUCGUUGAAUCUAUGAACUCAAUACCAGCCCAAUACCAACCCAAUACAUGGCUUGCAUCAAUGUCGCCUGGUGCAUGAGAUAGCUAGUGAAUUCCUUUCCCAUUUUCUCCCAUUCGGAAUAUUAAACUGAACCAACGGUGAAAAGUCUUUAACUUCUUACAUAGUCUAAUUAACUUAUCUAUGAAAACAAAGGAGCACUGACUCGAAACGUAUUAGUUUGGAAGCGUCUGUAUGCCACCUUGAUCUGCUCUUCCUCUGCAUCUCAUCCAACUCUGUACUCAAAAACCAGACAACACAGAACCAAACCCAAGAAUGAUUAUGAAUUGUGUUUCACUCAGAAAUCUUAAUUCAUAUAAGAUAUGUUUAGAUUGGUUUCUUAUAUAAUAUAAAUUCCAUGUACAAUGUAUUCUUGUCUAUCAACAUCUCCGAUUUGAUAAGAACGUUGCUUACCUAGCUAAGUCAACUCUAAAAUAGAAAUGUAAGAAACAGUGUGGUGCAUUCAGUGGGAUUUUUGGUAUUACCAUUCAAAAAUGAGCAUUGAUAUAUAUUGAGCAUUGACCAUUCAAAAUAUAUUUGAUAUAUUUGGUACCAUCAACUGGAAUCUUAUUACCGGCCGUUUUCACUUCCCUAAUCAGAGAAUCCAGUACCAAUUCAUCAACCCCAGAACAAGAUCCGGCCCGAUGAAGAUCUUAUCUUCUUGAGUCUUGAUAAAGUCAAAUUAACACUAGCUCUGCCAAACCAGUCCCUUAGGUUACAUUAGACAGAGCAGUUAACCUUUCAUAGGCAUAGAUAGGCGGUGGAGAAAUCAACCAAAAACUAUUACUAACGUACUACUUGCGAAUUAAUAGCACGAUGACAGAUUCGUCACUGCACGAAAGCAUGGCGCCUAUCUUAAAGUCGUCCAUGAUCUUGCAAAAGAUUUCGAAUUCUUAAAAUUAAUCAACAUAUAUUCUAAGGAAAAAAACAUAUUGCAUAUUAUCGAUUUAUCAAUGAAGAAUGGUUAAUUAACAUCUGUUUCAUAAUUUCCUAUCCUAGUUCUAUACCUCAUGCAACGAACUUUGAAAUCUCUGUCUAAUCACUAAAAUUGUGUAACUAUGACGUGGUCAAGAUCUUUAAUUUGUUGAGUCUUCACAAAGUAAAAUUAACCAAGGCCCGCCCAUGUGAACGAUAUAGCAUUAGCUCAAAGCCAACAAAGCCGCUUGGGUUACACUAGAUAGAGGCUAGCUAACCUACUAGCAUUUCACUAUAAAUAGAGGUCAAUCUUACUCUUAUUUCUUUACACUUCACAAAAAUUAAUCGAAAACAGUUUUCUAGUAGUCAUGAUUAAGUUUGUUUCCAUCAUCACCCUUCUCUUUGCUGCUCUCGUUCUCUUUGCUGCUUUUGAAUCACCAACAAUGGUGGACGCGCAGAAGUUGUGCCAGAAGCCUAGUGCGACGUGGUACGGAUUAUGUGGAAAUAGUAAUAAUUGCAAGAACCAGUGCAUCAACCUUGAGGGAGCACGACAUGGAUCUUGUAACUAUAUUUUUCCAUAUCACAGGUGUAUCUGCUAUAUCCCAUGUUAAUCUACCAAAACUCUGUAGUGCUUGUGUGUUUAUUUACAUUCAAUAAGUCGUGUCACUCUCUGAGUGCCCUUAUGACAUGUACCAAGUAUGUUAAUGUAUGUUUUCUGUGAUACUAUAAAGUUUUAUGUACUACGUACUACCGUUUCUUUUAGCAUAUUUAUGUGUCUGCAACACACCCACACUAUUGGACAUAAAGAUUGAGAACAUCAUUUUCUAGUAAUAAUAAUAACAAAGAGUGCACAGCUAAGGAUGAGGUAUGUUGAGGAUGCAGUAAAAACAUAUAAAGUUUCGAACAAAAACGAAAA